AGCUUUCUCUUGUUCAUAGCUAUUCCUACUUCACUUUAAUGCUUUAGUUUCUAGCAUUGAUCACUCCUAAAUACUUGUUGCAUUUCUCUACUGCUUAUGCUUGACACUUUGUCAUUUAACAUGGAACUUAAUUUUAAGCACCAACUUGGCCUUCUCUGUGUCACACUGCUGUUACCUGUCCUGUGUACCUCUCAGGACUCUUUUACUUGCUCCAGAGCAACCUAUUAUGGUAGCCCAGAUUGUUAUGGAAAUCCAAGGGGAGCUUGUGGCUUUGGUGAAUAUGGAAAAACGGUAAACGAUGGCAAUGUCGCAGGCGUGUCUUGGCUUUGGAAGAAUGGAUCUGGCUGUGGAGCAUGUUAUCAGGUUAGGUGCAAAAUACCACAAUUCUGCGAUGACUAUGGAGCAUACGUGGUGGUGACAGAUUAUGGUGAGGGAGACAGAACAGACUUUAUAAUGAGUCCACGUGCCUACUCAAGAUUAGGGAGAAACGCAGAUGCAUCAGCAGAACUGUUUAAAUACGGUGUAGUGGAUGUAGAAUACAGAAGGGUCCCUUGUAGAUACGGUGGCAAUAACCUCUUGGUUAAAGUCAAUGAGCACAGCAGAAACCCUCACUACUUGGCCAUUCUCAUUCUUUAUGUUGGUGGAACUUACGACGUAACUGCUGUUGAGUUGUGGCAGGAAGACUGCCAAGAGUGGAGGCGAAUGCGCAGGGCUUUUGGUACUGUGUUUGACGCUGAGAACCCGCCAAGGGGUGACAUCAAGCUGAGGUUUCAACUGAGUGGUAAUGCAGAGCAGUAUUGGGUGCAAUCGAAGAAUGUUAUCUCUAGUGAUUGGGAGGCUGGGGCUGUGUAUGACUCAGAAAUUCAGCUUGGUUAAAAUGAAAAAGCACUUUCUGAUCCCAGGAAUAUAGAUAGUGACUAGAUUACCAGUGUUUUAUUGUUUAUGGUUUGUGUCAUUCUAAGAAUGUUCCUGUGUGUGAAUGGAUCCAGUGCUCUUUGUAUUGGGGACUAAAACUGUGGGGAUUCAUAUUCUUGAGAUAUGGAUCAUCACAGAAUAUGAAUAAAUAAAAGAUACGCUUUCACUA